UUAACUCGCAAAGCAACAUAAAUCAGUUCUUUUCCUUCUUUUCAGUUUCCUCUGAAUAUAUCUCUCCCACUUUUUUUUCAAGUCUUUCAUUCCUUUCUAAAUUAUUUUCUGAUUUUUAGCUUGCUUCAGCUUCAUUUCUGCUGUAAUUUGGAGAUAAGAAGGCGAAGAAGAUCAAUUUCUGGAGAGAUCGGCUUUUGCAUUAAAUUAUAUACAUCGAUCAAUCAUGUCUUGUUCUUCGUCGUCGGCGUCGGAGGAUGAGGAUGAGGGAAUUGACUCUUACAGAAAAGGUGGAUACCACGCGGUGCGAGUCGGCGAUUCGUUCGCCGGUGGACGAUACAUCGCUCAGCGUAAACUCGGCUGGGGACAGUUCUCCACCGUUUGGCUGGCUUAUGAUACUCGAUCAUCUAGAUAUGUUGCUCUGAAGAUCCAAAAAAGUGCUCCACAAUUUGCUCAAGCUGCUCUCCACGAAAUUGAAAUUCUUUCUGCUAUUGCUGACGGUGAUGCCUCUAAUAGCAAAUAUGUCAUACGCUUAGUAGACCACUUUAAGCACGCAGGCCCAAAUGGACAGCAUUUAUGCAUGGUCCUGGAAUUUCUUGGUGAUAGCUUGCUGCGGCUGAUCAAAUAUAACCGCUACAAAGGCCUUGAGUUGAAUAAGGUUCGGGAAAUAUGCAAAUGCAUUUUGACUGGACUUGAUUACCUUCAUAGGGAGCUUGGAAUUAUACAUACAGAUUUAAAGCCUGAAAAUAUUCUCCUGUGUUCUACCAUUAAUCCUUCCAAAGACCCAGUUAAAUCAGGAAUGACACCCAUUCUUGAAAGGCCAGAGGGGAACCUAAAUGGAGGUGCAGCAAUAAAUCUUGUUGAGAAGAAGCUCAAACAAAGGGCAAGAAGAGCAGUGGCUAGGAUAUCAGAAAGAAGAGCUUCAAUGGGUGGGGUAGGAACAACCCCCAAGCCAGAUAGAUCCCUGGAUGGAAUCGAUGUCAGAUGUAAGGUCGUGGAUUUUGGAAACGCAUGUUGGUCGGAUAAGCAAUUUGCCGAAGAAAUUCAAACAAGACAGUACAGAGCUCCAGAAGUCAUACUUAGAUCAGGAUAUUCUUUUUCUGCUGACAUGUGGUCAUUCGCUUGUACUGCUGUUGAGCUUGCUACUGGUGAAAUGCUGUUUACUCCAAAAGAAGGACAAGGUUACAGUGAUGAUGAGGAUCAUCUCGCUUUGAUGAUGGAACUCCUUGGUAAGAUGCCUAGGAAGAUUGCCACUGGUGGGGCUCGGUCCAAGGAUUACUUUGAUAGAUAUGGAGAUUUAAAGAGAAUCCGAAGGCUAAAAUACUGGCCACUUGAUCGAUUACUUGUUGAUAAGUACAAAUUUUCUGAGACAGAUGCUAAAAAGUUUGCAGAGUUCCUUUGUCCUCUUUUUGAUUUUGAACCAGAGAAGAGACCAACUGCUCAGCAGUGUCUACAACACCCAUGGCUAAAUAUGGACAAUCCGACAAAAAAUGAGGUGAAAAGUGAGCCUACCAUUGACAAGGUGAGUGUGGGGAUGAGAAACCUACAGAUUAAGGUGGGUAAGUGAAGUAGGUGGAUUGGUUUGGUGGUUGCAGUACCUCUUUACAUCCGUGUCUACCAGUAUAACUAUUCCAUAUGGUUUAUUUUUGGGUUUUUUUGAAGUCGUAAUAGUACCUGAUCUUUUUGUUGCCUAAGAUGUAAUAUAGUUAAGAAUUUCCACAAGGAAAUGAUAUGCAUGAAGAUUGACCUGGAUGCUGAUUUAUGUAGCGCAAAGGCAUUCCAGAUGGUUGUCACCUCUGUCCACAAAUUUGGUUAGCCUUUAACGUUUUUACUUACCAGGCAGCCUUAAUUGUGGCUUACAGAAACUAUCCCCUUCUUGAGAACAGGAAGCUGAACAACUACUCGAUAUCAUCAUAUGACUACACUCAGUGACAGAUUAUCUGGCUGUGCAAGUAUUCUUUGAUUUUGACGUUGAGUUCUUGCCUUGUAUCUCAAAUAUAUUGGAGGAACUGGCAAGUGGAAGACAAUGAUUGCCUGAUGAGGAACCUGAGCUGGCAACUGGAAGAAGUGGAAUGUUGAGAUGGGAAGUGUAAGCUUCUUCCGCUGUUGCGUUACUGAAGUGGUCCUCCGGCAGUUGAACAAUUGGCCUGUGGUGUCCUAUAAUGGGAUCGCAGCUGCUUGCUUUGCCUUCACGAUCAACUUUGUUUUUUAUGGAUGCUUAGAUAUCUCAGUUAUGGAAAGACAUUAUUGACUCGCUUUUGGGGUGGUCCGGCUGCUAAAUUUCAACUAAUUCAUAAUUUGUACAAGUGCUGUAUCUUUGGGAAUUUGAAACUGUAACUGAAAUUUUGCAAAUUGACCUUGAUUACCUACUUGACAUAAUGUAUUCUUGCAUUUGUUCUGU